AUGACGGAGGCUCCUGCUGUGCUACGACCGAGAAUAUCUAAAUCCUGCGACGAAUGCAAAGCCCGCAAAGUCCGCUGCAUACGUGCUCGCCCAGAUACUUUGAAGUGUAAUAAUUGCCUUAGACGAGACCAGACAUGCCAUUUCAGCCAGACGAAGCGGAAACUGAAAGUCAAAGACUCAGAAGAGCCUUCUUCUAGGCCAACUUCAUUGCCUCCCACACACUCGCCACUUGAGGCAGAACAACAUGGUGCACCACGAAAACCGAAAUCUUCACCCUCGAAGUUCUAUAUCGAUCGGCUUUUGGAAAGCCGUGAUACUCACGGGAUUGGUGAGCUGAAAUUCGAAUCAUGCAUCAUCAAGGCAGGAGAGAGUUUCGCGACCAGCUCCAGUCUUGCAUUUUUCUCCGAAAGCAGAAUUCGUUCUUUGACUGGACGCAUCGGACAUGACAGGCUGCGAGAACUCAUCGAAACCAUUGGUUCAGUAAUCAAUGCCAGAUUGAACCGUAAAGACGAGGAUACAAAAACCAUGUUUCGCUUUUCUCCGAUCACUUUCAAGGGACCCUCUACGCCAGUGGAGGUGGCUCCGGAGGCUGCGAGGGUAUAUAUUGAAGCAUAUUUUAAGCAUGUCCAUCCAAUCCAUCCUUUCCUUGAUCGCGCAGAAUUCGAGCAGAAGGCCUUGAGUUAUGAUUUGCUCCAUCAUUUGUCUUCAAAUGCCGCUUUUUCAGCUCUUUAUCAUACAGUUCUUGCUAUGGGAGCCCAAUAUACAGAAGGUGGAUCUUUUGAGGCCGGUCAAGGCAAGCCCUGGAAAUUGUACCAAGUUGCCUUGGGGCUGUUUUCGGAUAUUCUGCUACCCAGAGAAUCUCUGGUAAACCUACAGGCAUUAACUGCUAUGUGCAUCUUCGCUCAAAACCUGUCAUGCAUACAAAUAGAGCAGACUUUGAUCUCGGAGGCCGCAAGAAUGGCCGGAGCUUUAGGUUAUAACAGAGCCACCAUGAAUGAUUCAGCGCACAGAAACUUUUGGGUUGUCUACAUUCUCGAAAAGACAUUUUCAUUUUUCAGUAGUGUUAGCUCGAUUAUCAGCGAUAGGGAUAUAGGCUGCCCUAUUCCAGAAAUACAGGAAGCGGUACACGGAGGUGUCGACUGGUUUUACCUAUUUGCUCGCUUUGCUAGGCUGGUAUCAGGGGCUUAUGAUAUGCUCUACACAGUCUCUGCUACUACGAAGACCCCCGAAGAGUUCUAUGAAUCUAUAGACAUGGUAUACCAAGAUUUGGAAAAAUGGCGGCUUUCGGUCCCAAAAGACCUACGACCUGGGGAUCCGUUUCGACCUGAGAGUUGCAACUCUCCAUGGACAAUUACAGUUUCUUUGAGGGCUCACUUCUUUUAUACAUCCCUGAUAAUGUCACUUUGUCGACUCACAUUGCAUCUUGGCGCUGGGACGGAGUCUCCUCGAAUCGAAGAAGCUAAAAAGCGACUCAUGUAUACAGCACGACACAUCAUUGAACUCACGCAUUACAUCGAUAUGCAACCUCACACUUCGAUCUGGAUUCUCGGGGUUAUGCCACUAUCAGCUCUGUUUGUUCUUUUCGACUUCGUCGUUCAUAAUCCAUACCACCCGGAAACUAGCACAAACCUGACAUUCUUGGAUGUCGUUGGCGCAUAUUUCACUCGUCUGGAGUUCUCUACUGGCGGUUCGCUCCCGAGUUCUCUGAUGGCGGAGUUUGCCCUCAUAGCACGCCAAUUCAUGCGUGACAUACAGUUGGGCAACAGAGAUCGGAGCGGCAAUGCGAAUAGUAACUCCCAGUAUCAACCACCCACGGAGGAAAAGGACUACUCCGAGCCUAUAAAACCUUACAAUCAGACGCGGGAGGUAAACCAAGCAUUAAUCUAUCAACCCCCCCAAAUGCCGCGAGUGGAGCAUAUGCCAGCAACAGCACAUCAAGUUAUGAAUGGGGCCUCUAUGGCUUAUGUGGACCAGCUAUUCUACCCCACCGACGAUCUACAACCGUUUAUGACAAGCGAGCUGGGUUCAGGGUUUGAUAUGACGGGUUUGUUCGAUACCAUGCUGCCUAAUUUCCAAUUGUAA